AUGAGUGAUACUGAACAACCGAAAGUUUCGGGAGAGGUGGCCAGUGAGGCACCUAGAGACGAGGUCUCUGGAACCAGGAGCUUCGCAAACGAAGCAAUCGAAGUGCAAGAAGCGAAAAUUGAAAAAUCACUCGAAGAAAACGCCGAAGAGGCGAACCAGGACAAGCCUGGUGAAGCAGAAGGCGAAGUUAUCGAGGAUACUAGUGCUAAUGGCGCUGAUUUGAAUGAAAAGCAUGAAGGCGACCCCAAUGAGGAGAUCACAGGCAAAUCAGCAUCUGAUAAGCCUGACAAUGAAGAAGCCAGAGGCGAAAACCACUCAGAUUUGAAUCAGUCGACCGAAAAUGACAAAUCCAAUGACUCAGAGGCAGAUCAGACUACAGAGGCCAACGAACCGAAUGACUUCCAGCAAAAUGGCUUUGCCCACGACAAACCACUACCCAAAAUCAGCAUCGGCAACGAAGAAGAGGCACCUAAGGAGCAGCAGCUACCUGCCAAAAAGUACUUCAAUGCUUCAGUCGACAAUAUCCAAAUAUUCAACAAGACAUUCGAGCAAAUUUUGAGCAGCAAGGAAGCGAAGAAGAACGAGAACUUGAAGAACGCUACGCAACGGGCGAUCGACUCUUUGAACAACUCUUCGUCGAGAGAUCCUCAUGUCAUAUACGAAGCUUUGAAGUUGGCGUGCGAGUUGGGCAGUCACGAAGUAAAACGCAAUGCUGUGGAUUUGUUCGCCAAGCUUUUCGACUACGCGCUGUUUGAAGAUGAGAGUGAUAGGGUCAAGCUCACAGACGACUCCGUGGAUGUUGUUUCUGCAUGUUUCGAAGGUGAAGGCACGGAUCCUGAGGUUGAAUUGCAAGUUGUCAGAGCAUUGAUGCACAGCAUCGUCUUAAUGCCAACACACGGGGCAUCUCUAUUGAAAGCAGUGAGACAAAUUUACAAUGUUUUCAUCUUUUCGCUAAACUCAAGAAACCAAGGGGUUGCGCAGGGCACUCUAACUCAAGUGAUUGGCACCAUCUUCCUGAGAGUGCAUGAAACCUUUGCAAACAAGUCUAGAAUGUCGAAGUCAAGCAGCAACAUCAACCUAAGACCGGAAGACUCCACACAAGAGGAGAGCGGACCCAAAGAAAAGCUCACGCUAGCAGAAUUAGAAAGAAACACAAACUCAAGCAUAGAUCUGCAACGAGUGAAUGAAGCUAAUUUAGCCUCGGAAAAUGAUGAAGACAUAGCUGUGAAAGACGCCUUCUUGAUUUUCAGAGCCAUGUGCAAGCUUUCAAUCAAAGAUCUCGAUACUGAUAAUGUUGAUAUGAAGUCCCAUUCUGUUCGUUCAAAACUUCUUUCCUUGCACAUCAUCCACACAAUUUUGAAGAAUAAUAUUGACAUUUUUUUGAGCAAAGAUGUGGAAAUUCUCUCCAACAAUUCUGAUGACAGAACUCGUCUUAUUGAUGCCGUGCGCUCAUAUUUGUGUCAAGCACUCAUUAAAAAUGCCGCUUCUCCUUUAGCUCCAAUCUUCGAGUUAGCCUUGGAGAUAUACUGGCUUUUGAUCUCUAAUUUGCGUUCAGACUUCAAAAUGGAAAUUCCCGUGUUUUGGGAGCAGAUUUAUAUGCCAGUUGCUGAGAUGAAGACUUCGACUCCUCAUCAAAAGCGUUACUUGCUUUCAAUUAUUGAGCGCCUUUGCAACGACUCUCGUUGCCUCAUCGAGUUUUACUUGAAUUACGACUGCGAUAGCAAUCAACCCAACAUAUGUGAGAAGAUCGUGGACUUGCUUACAAAGUUAUCUUUGUCUCGUGUCGAAGUAACAUCCACUCAAAAAGCGGCUUAUCGUGAUAAUGGCCGCAAAGGAAUAUCAUUGUAUGACAUAAGCAAAAUCAGCAACUUGACAAGUACAGCAAUCUCAUCGAAGCCACCUGAGCCAGACGUCUACAAUCUCUUUCCCCUUGAGUACGCGAUGAAGAUCACAUCCAUUAAUUGCACAGUUGCUUUCUUAAGAUCCCUUUAUUCAUGGGCUCAGAAGAGUCUCCACACAUCCAACAAGCUAAGUAACGGCAUCAACAGCGCUUCGAAAACUAGCCUUAAUGCGAGCAGGAGCUCCAACGUUGAGUCGCCGAACGAUAGUCAAACCAACUCGAGAAAUGCUUCAUUUGUUGUAUCUAACAAUGAGCCUUCAGAGAUCCACGACGAUCCCGAACAAUUCCAAAACCUGAAACAAAGAAAGAAAGCCUUCUUGGAAGGAGUAAGACAAUUCAACUCGAAACCGAGAAAGGGUAUCAAAAGCUUGAUUGAACACGGAUUUAUAGCGUCAGAUGAUCCCUUGGACAUUGCGAAGUUUUUGCUCAAUACUGAGACCUUGAAUAAGGCAGCCAUUGGUGAGUUUCUUGGCGAUGGUGACGAGAAGAACGUUGCCAUCAUGCAUGCUUUCGUGGAUCAGAUGAACUUCAACAAUACCGGCUUCGUUGAUGCUAUGAGAACAUUCUUACAGGCCUUCAGAUUACCAGGGGAAGCACAAAAGAUUGACAGGUUUAUGUUGAAAUUUGCCGAGCGUUAUGUACUUGGCAACCCAGGUAUCUUUUCAAACGCCGAUACAGCGUAUGUUCUUGCAUACUCUGUGGUCAUGUUGAAUACAGAUCAGCAUUCUCCUCAAGUCAAGCAAAGAAUGACAGUGGACGGAUUCAUUGCAAACAAUGGAGGUAUAGAUGACGGUAAAGAUUUGCCAAGAGAAUUUCUCGAGAAAAUCUACUAUGAAAUUCAGCAGAAUGAGAUCAAGUUGCAAUCCGAACAACAUGCUGCUCUUCUUGCAGGUGACACAUCUGUCGCUCCCGUAUCUUCGGUAGGAUUCUUUGGAGGUAGAGACUUGACGAAAGAGGCCUAUUUGCACGCCUCUAAAGAAAUGUCAACGAAGACAGAGAAGCUUGUUAAGAGUUUGGGUAAGAAGUUGAAGUCCGAUGACUCUCUGAGUGCUAUCUUCCAUGCCGCUUCCCACGUUAUUCAUGUAAGGACUAUUUUUGAAACAGUAUGGAUGUCGAUUUUGGCAGGUUUAACUCCACCAUUCAAGGAAUUUGACGAGGAAGAUAUCACCAAUGUGUGCCUCGAGGGUAUUAAAUUGUCCAUAAAGAUUGCUUGUAUGUUUGAUAUACCAUACGCGAAGAAAUCUUAUAUCAGCGCGUUGGUACAGUUUCAGAGUUUAUCUAACAUGGAAAACAUCAAGCCGAAAAAUAUAUCAGCCAUCUACAUCAUGUUAGAUAUUGCCAUCAAUGAAGGCAACCAUCUCAAAUCAGACUGGAUUCAAGUGUUGACCUCUAUCUCACAACUUGAACGCUUGCAGCUAAUUGCUCAAGGUGUUGAUCAAGAUUCGAUUCCCGAUGUCUCUGUUGCAAAAUUAGUGAACAGAACGUCCAUUGACAGCACAACUUCAUCUGGUUUCUUCAGUCUGUUUACUCCAUCGCAGUCUGCAUCAAUGAAGUUCCACAAUCAACAUUUGUCUCCUCAGGCUGCACAGCUCUUGUCGAGGACUGAGCUAAGCGUUGCUAUGGACAAAGUGUUCACAAACAGUGCCGAAUUGUCAGGUGAGGGUAUUAAGGAUUUCAUUGAAGCUCUUAGCAAAGUUGUGUCCGAAGAGAUUGAGUCGUCAGGACUGUCUUCAAACCCACGUAUGUUCUCCCUUCAGAAGGUUGUCGACAUCUGUUACUAUAACAUGAGCAGAAUUCGUUUGGAGUGGUCUCAGUUAUGGGCAAUUAUGGGCGAAGUUUUCAACGUCGUUGGAUGUAACCCGAACGUCAACGUGUCCUUCUUCGCUUUGGACUCACUUCGUCAAUUGUCUUCAAGGUUUAUGAAUAUUGAGGAAUUGGCUCAAUUUAAAUUCCAAAAAGAGUUCUUGAAACCCUUUGAGCACAUCAUCAUAAACAACCCCUCUUACGACGUGAAAGACAUGGUUGUUGAAUGCAUGAAUAACUUGGUCUUGGCUAAUGCGUCUCAAAUCAAAUCUGGCUGGAAGACCAUCUUUAAGGUUCUCACUGCAGCAGCUCGAGAGAAGAAAGAUUCCUUGGUAACCAAGGCUUAUAAAUUGGCCUUCACCAUCAACAAAGAAUACAGCGAAGAGGUUCGCAUCCAGGAUUCUUUUUCGGAUAAGGUUGAGUGCUUCACUCAGUUUGCUAAAAAUGAGAAAUUUCAAAAGGUUGGUCUACUCUCCCUUGAAGUGUUACUGAAGAUGAUCAUCAGGAUUGCUACGUUGACGGAAGAGCAAGGUAAGAGCGGUAAAUUAAUGAUUGCUGGAUCCGAAAAUGCUGACUCUUCGAGAAAACUCUGGUUCCCUGUUCUUUUUGGAUUUUAUGAUAUCAUCAUGACUGGAGAGGAACUUGAGGUCCGCUCUAGAACAUUGACCCACUUCUUUGAUGUUCUUCUGAACUACGGUCCAAAUUUCAAGGAAGGUUUUUGGGAGGAAAUUUCUCAAAAGCUUUUGUUCCCUAUCUUUAGUGUGUUGACGGGCCCUUGGAAAUUGAAGUACGAGGAGAAUGGAAGCAUCUCAGAGCGCGACAGGUUAUCGUUUUGGGUUUCCACAACCUUGAUCCAAGCUUUAAAUAGCAUGGUGUCGCUUUUCACCCAGUAUUUCGAUAACCUUACACCUAUGUUGAAGGAGUUUUUGGACUUAUUCAUCAAUUGUAUUUGUCAAGAGAAUGAUACCAUCGCCAGAACCGGCAAGUCGUGCUUACAGGACUUCUUGGUCAGGAACGCAAACCGGUUCAGUGAGCAACAAUGGAACCUUGUUACUGAUGCGUUCGAGUCGUUGUUUAAACUAACUACAGCCAACGAGUUGUUUAACUUGGAUCCUUUGAAGAAACGAGGGUCUGAAGAUGAUAGUAUAGAUGUUCCUCUAGAUUUGAACGACUCUUCUAUGCAAUCUCAAGAAGUAUCGUCUCCAAUCGUUGAUGAAAACGAGGAGAGAUUGCAAAGAUCGAAGGACAAAUCUUCCAUUGUUGUCAAGUGUGUUCUUCAAUUGUUGAUGAUCGAGACUUUACUGGAGCUCUCAGUCGAAGAGGCGUUCUACGACAACGUACCACACCAACAUCUCAUGAGGCUUGCUCAUUUGUUGAAGUCCAGUUACAACUUCGCAAGAACGUUUAAUGAUGACUAUGAUUUGAGGGUCAGACUUUGGAACGCCGGUGUGAUCGAGAGACUUCCCAAUUUGCUCAAGCAAGAAAGCAUGUCUUCGGCCGUUUUUUUGAACAUAAUGUUCAGGCUCUAUUGUGACAAUAAUAAGGUGAGUGGAGAAGCUAAGGAUACAAUACUCGAGUCAGUUGUGCCACUUUCAAAUGCAAUUGUGGAGAAAUUCGCCGAGUUUGACGAGUCCAACCAGCAAAAGAGCAUAUCAACGUGGAAACCAGUGACCAUUGAGAUUCUCAGAGGCUUCGUUGAGCUCGACGAAGCCGAUUUCAACAAGCACGCACCUACCAUGUAUAAAUUGUUGCUCGCUUUGUUCAACAGAGGCAUGUCGCAAGAAUUGAGAAAAGCGUACCAGAUGUUUUUAACAAGAGUUGGCGACGUGUUUCUUCAAGGCUAA